CUGUCUACGUUGCACGUGUUUCUAAAAGACUAAUUUCGCGUGUAACUACGAAACAAAAGUAACAAAUUACAGGUCUAUUCAAAAUCUAUGCAGGAAACUUUAUUAUUCAAUUGAUUCGUUAGAGAAAAUAAAAAGGGUGAUGUUACAGCAAACAGUGCAAGCUUUAACAACAAACAGAGUUGUUUUAGCCAGUGGGUCUCCCAGACGAUACAAAAUAAUAAAACAAUUGGGUAUUAAUGCGGAGGUAGUACCUUCGGAGUACGAUGAGAACUUGAACAGUUCUGCGUAUAAAAAUUAUGGGGAAUACGUCCAAGAUUUAGCAAAGUAUAAAGUACAAGAAGUAUACGACAGAUUAUCAGGAGAUCCUGUCCAGCCUUCUUUGAUAAUUGGUGCUGAUACUAUGGUCACAAUGGGUGAUAUCAUUUAUGGCAAACCAAAGAACGAGUCGCAUGCAUUUGAAAUGUUGACGAGUUUAGCGAAUAAAGAACAUAUAGUUUACACGGGAGUGUGUUUGAAAACACCAAAGGCGGAGGUAAACUUUUAUGACUCUGCAAUAGUAAAGUUUGGAGACAUAUCCAAAGAACAAAUAGAGACAUACAUACAAACAGGAGAACCUUUGGAUAAAGCUGGAGGAUAUGGUGUGCAAGGGUUAGGUGGCUGUCUAGUUGAGAAAAUCAAUGGUGAUUUUUAUACCGUAAUGGGUAUACCUCUGUAUUCGAUGACAAAACGAUUAAACGAACUUUUCUCUAAUAAAUAA